CGUGCUGAGCCUCCAGCUCCUAGUCGGCGCCCGACAACGGCUUUGCUGUAGUGACUUCUGUGGCGCAGUCUCUUCCAGAUUUUCGGCGCUCAGUUGACGGGCCAUGCUGGCGGAAGGAAAAUGAUCUGGUGAGCUCAUACUCCCUUGGCCGUCGCGUGAUCUUUCAGAGCACUGCCACCUUGUAGGCGAACACCAUUUAAGCGGACACAAUUGCGCUCACACUUUCCCACAUGGCUCCAUGCAUAUUUGCGGCUGCCUGUCUACUUUUGUUCGCAGCAGUGCUUUUGUCAGCGGCAUUGCUAAUUAUCCACAUCUGUUUCUCGCGUUGCUCUUUAUAGGCCAACCAUAUUCGAGACCGCAGGGCUCUUCUAUCGACCCCGUCCAGCCGAGUCAACGGUCCCAAAGACGCGGAUGGACUACAAUACCACUUCAACUGAGGACUGUCCACCGGACCUAUACGGCAUGGUCGUAGCCCGACGUUGGUUGAAAACAUGCCAGACAAAGCAUCCGAUAUGUAGCACCGCAUUCAUCCUUACAGACGGUGGCUGCGAAGAAUCGGACGUAUCUUCCAACCCAGCUUUACUACUACCUAGACGACUGCUAGAUGUAGGCCCUCAUGGCUCGGAAGACGUGAAGCUGAUCAACACGGACACGGGCGCUGAUAAGGAAUACCGGUAUCUGGCACUCAGCCACUGCUGGGGCGACGCAUCAAAGGUUAGAAAGACAACUCUCUCGAAUCUUCUGCAGCAUUGCGAAGGAAUCCAAUGCUCAACGCUCUCGAAGACAUUCCAGGACGCAAUCCUCGUCACUCAGCUUCUAGGAUUUCGCUUCCUUUGGAUUGACAGUCUUUGUAUCAUUCAAGAUUCCCGUGAGGAUUUCGAGCUUGAGUGUGCGCGUAUGCAUACCAUCUACCUAAACUGCGAUUGUAUGCUUUCCGCAUCCGAUGCCAGAAGCGGUGACGAAGGUUUUCUCACUUACUGGGAGAGGGGCAAUACCGGACAAGCUGAAGGAACAACAGCGCCCCCAAAGCCGAGACCCGCUCUUGAUCCCGAAUCAGCUUGUACCGUUCGAAUCCGCCAAGGAAUCAGCUGGCGUCAAUGGUCAACGCUUCUGGCUGGGCCCUUGAGCACGCGUGGCUGGACUUUCCAGGAACGUCAGUUGGCCCCGCGCAUCUUGCACUAUACAAGACAUGGAAUGAUGUGGGAGUGCCGCUCCUGCAUAGGCGCUGGCGACUCCACGGUCUUGCAGUACCGAAGGACUUCUCACAAGCUAGACGACUACCGAACGAUUUCUCACAAGCUGGACGACUACCGAAAGACUUCUCACAAGCUGGACGAACAGCCAAACCCAAGCACGCCUAGGAUGCACUACGUCCCGUACGCUAAGCUACCGGACUUAUUCCGCAUCCUUGACGGAUCGCCGGCCCAGGUUGGAGAGGAUAUUAUGGCGCAAUGGCUCAGCUUGGUCGACGAUUAUUCCAGAAGGAAUCUGACAUUUAUUAAGGAUAAACUACCAGCUAUUUCUACCCUCGCAGCAAUCGUCUCUUACAUUUCUCCGGAACCAAGUGCAUACCUCGCGGGCGUUUGGGCUUCCGAUUUGGCUCGUCAGCUAUAUUGGCAACCAAAACCACGAAGCUCCCAAGGACGUACAGCGCACGCGGCGAAGGUCUUCGACCGUUUCCCGUCGUGGUCUUGGACGUCCUACAAUGGGCCGAUCACGUAUGCCGUAGCGGAGUUCUUCUUCACGGACUACAUGUACCACCGUACAGAGAAAUACGAACCACAUGCGGUCUUCAGAUUCCUCUCGAGCGACGUCCGACCCCAAGGUCAUGAUCACUUUGGAGACAUUGAAGGAAGGCAACUAGACGUGUAUGGGGAGUUCGUGGAUGACGCGAAUCCAACAUUCAAGACAUCGAACUACUCGAAACAUCCAGUCCGGUCGGAUCUGAGGGUGAACUUUGAUGACGGAGAGACGCAUUAGCAGUUCCGGGGGGGUUGCACUAUCUGCACUUGAUGCAAGGCACGUCAAAUGAAGGGCAUUGUGCGCUUGGUCCGAUCCUUCACCCAGCUGCAGGGGGCAAGUUCAAAAGGGUGGGGACAUUUCUUGAGGUUUGGGAAGAACCCG